AUGUAUUUGGAUCAUAAGAUCGAAAGCUUCCAUCAAGUAUUGACAUCCACCGAGCCCGAGGUUUUAGCUUGUACGAAUCAGACAUACCUCCAUUACACACCUUUCGACCCUCGAGACUCGAGAGAACACAAAACAGUCAGUCCAAAGAUAAACGUUUCAAUAGCCAAUAAUACGCCAACAUGUUCAAAACGCUGCGAUACGAGUCCGGACAAUAACAACGACAACCAAUCCAUGCCAGCAGAGGAACCAGCCCAAAUCUUGAUUGCCGGAGGAGGAAUCGUGGGGCUGUUAUUGGCAUUAGCCUUGAAGAAGAAUCUCCCAUCGGUCGCCAUUGACGUAUACGAGCAAACACACGGGUUUGACCCGGAUGUUGGAGCCGGUAUGGGUCUCUAUGCCAAUGGAUUGCGUGUUGUCCGAGACAUUGAUCCGGACUUGCUGAAAGAGAUUCAGGACGCAGGGUAUCCCUACUUGUACCGUCGGUGGGAACGGCAUGACGGAACUGCGGUCGCCGAGGCAGAUGAAGGAGUUUUGGGCAGUGGAGCCGCGACAGCAGACGAAGAAGAGAAAAAUGAUGGCGACGGACUCCAGACCAUGGGGAUUCGACGUUGGAAGCUUCAGCAAGUUUUGCAUACGGCUGUAGCAAAGGCGGGCAUUCCCAUUCACUUCUCCAAGAAAGUGGAGGGCGUAGAGACACCCCAAGAUGGCAUGACGGAGGUUGUGUUUGCGGAUGGCUCACGCCGGAAAACCCAGUUGCUGGUUGGUGCGGACGGUGGUAGAUCUGCUGUCAGAUCUAUUCUGUUGGAGCAAAUGUACCCCAAAAGCGAUCCGGAUGCUGCCACUGCCAGCAACGUCCGCAGCAGUUCCAAGAAUAAGAAACCCACCCUGAGUUACACUGGUGUCACGUGCAUCAUGGGUGCGGCCCCUCGAAACAGUCACCGGGGUAUCUCCUUUCCGGUAUCCAACACAACUCGUUGUCACGGGGCCUUCUAUCCCACUGGAGCCAACGAAGAGUGUUUCCAAUUCCACUUUCCCGUGGGCGCACAGCAGGACAUUUCUUGCAGCGAUGCGGAUGAUUCGUGUUGGGGAAACCUCAGUCAGCAAAUGAGCCGCCAAGAAUGUGGUAGAUUAGCUGAGAUUCUGGAGAAGGACGGAUGGGACGAAGACAAGUAUCUUGCACCUCUCCGGCAGGUAACUCGUGCUGUCCGUGUGGGGUUCUGUAAAUUGUCCCCAGCUCUCAAGGCAUGGUCCUUUCCAAAUGCAAAAGGACAGCCAAGGACAAUAUUGGUGGGAGACGCAGCUCAUCCACCGGUUCCGUACAUUGGCCAGGGAGCACAGCAGGGCAUGGAAGACGUGGGGACCCUGGCACUUUUGCUAAAGACAUUUUGUUUGGACGAUCAGGGUCAGUUUGACUUGAGCAAUCUACAUCGCGCCGUGCACGUGUAUGAGAAAAUCAGAAUGCCAAGAGUGGCAUCGAUCCUGUCAAACGCUCACGAGAUGGGAAGGUUUCAACAGAAGAGAGCCGAAAAUCCGGCGUACAACAUCAUCAAGGAGGAGAUGAUCCAACGGGAUGUCUUCUUCCAUGAAACCAUGCCAGUCAUGUUUGAAGGGGCACGGCAUGACUAUCGCAACGACUUGAAAAGAGAGCUAGAGCACAUAGCAAAGGAACGCGGAGGACUACCGCUUCGAACGAUUGCUGAGACGUGA